AUUCCCAACAUCCAACUGUCAUGUGUCAUUGGUGUCAUUUUGGGUGCAAAAUAGCCCAAAAGUGUCUGGAAUUCUCAAUUUAAUCUAUGCAGUCACCCCGUGCUAUAUUUUUUCUCAAUAAGGCGCGUAUUUUGGGAAAAUUUUACCAACAUCCUACAUAUCCUGCAUUGUCUUAGUGGACAUUAUUCGUGUGGUAUGAUAAGGAUAUAUUUGUGGUAGUUUGAAGAAGAAGAAAAGAAUUUUAAGAUUUAAGAGAGAGAGAGAAAAAUGAUGCAGAGAAAUCAAUUGGGCGAUGGUAAAGUGCCCAAAAGUACCCCAAUCACCGAUGACUACGAAAUAUCAUCGAGAAUCCUUGGUCUAGGACUCAAUGGUAAAGUCGUUCAGUGUAUUCAUCGACGAACUUCUGAUAAAUUUGCCCUCAAGGUCCUCCAUGAUAAUCCAAAAUCUCGUCGUGAAGUUGAAUUGCAUUGGCGUGCCAGUGGAUGUCGUCAUAUUGUAGCCAUUCGGGAUGUCUAUGAGAAUACUUAUGCAGGUGCCAAUUGUCUCCUAGUUGUGAUGGAUUGCAUGGAAGGAGGGGAAUUAUUUCAACGGAUUCAGGAUCGACAGGAUAGUCCAUUUACGGAGAGAGAAGCAGCUCAGAUAAUGCAUGAAAUCUGCAUUGCUGUACAUCAUUUGCACAGCAUGAAUAUUGCCCAUCGGGAUUUGAAGCCGGAAAAUCUUCUGUACAGUGCCCCAAUGCCAUUGGGUGUCCUUAAAUUGACAGAUUUUGGUUUUGCCAAGGAGACAUCAAUAAAGGAUACCCUCCAGACACCCUGCUACACUCCCUACUACGUGGCACCUGAGGUACUAGGACCAGAAAAAUACGACAAAAGCUGUGACAUUUGGUCACUUGGUGUCAUCAUGUACAUCCUAUUAUGUGGCUUUCCACCAUUCUACAGUAGCAAUGGCCUAGCUAUAUCGCCUGGCAUGAAGAAACGAAUACGGACGGGUCAGUAUGAAUUUCCAAGUCCCGAAUGGUCAAAUGUCAGUCAAUCGGCCAAGGAUCUCAUUCGGGCCAUGCUGAAUGUUGAUCCAGUACAUCGUCUUACCAUUGAGCAAGUGAUCAAAAAUUCAUGGAUAGCACAGUAUACAAAUGUGCCCCAGACACCGCUUCACACCGGUCGAGUUCUCAAUGAGAGUGAGGAACAGUGGCCGGAAGUUCAGGAAGAAAUGACAAGAUCUCUGGCCACAAUGCGAGUUGACUAUGAUCAAAUGAAAAUCAAAUCUCUGGACAAUUCCAGCAAUCCAUUGCUCAACAAGAGACGUCAGAAGGACAGUAUCCUGCCAAAGGCAUCGAUAAAAUAGGCUUUAAAAAUGUACUUUCUACAACAACAAAAAAAAGCAACAAAAACAAAAGGAAAUUUGCAAAUAGUGGGGUUACUGUAAUAGACACAAUUUCACAAAGAAAAAAACAAACAAAUUAAUAAAAGAGAAAAUUAUUUUGUGGG